GCGGAGCGGCCGGCUGCAGCCAGCGCGGGUGGGUACGGUGGCCACGGCCGGCUCGCUGCGAGGCUCGGAGGACCACUGUCGGGGAUCGGGCUACUGAAGGGCGCCUGCCUCGGUUUACCUCUCAGCGUUGUGGGCGAGCGCGACGGCCCUGGUGAAAUUCCGGCGGCACCCCGGAAAAGACAGUUCUGCCCCGCGAGGGAAACAGAGCCAUUGACUAUGGUUGCAACGGGCAGUUUGAGCAGUAAGAACCAGGCCAGCAUUUCAGAGUUGCUGGACGGUGGCUAUCAUCCUGGGAGUCUGCUAAGCGAUUUUGACUACUGGGACUAUGUUGUUCCAGAGCCCAACCUCAAUGAGAUGGUAUUUGAGGAGACAACAUGCCAGAAUUUGGUUAAAAUGCUGGAGAACUGUCUGUCCAAAUCCAAGCAAACCAAACUUGGCUGCUCCAAGGUCCUUGUUCCUGAGAAACUGACCCAGAGAAUUGCUCAAGAUGUCCUGCGACUUUCCUCCACAGAGCCCUGCGGCCUUCGAGGUUGUGUUAUGCACGUGAACUUGGAAAUUGAAAAUGUAUGUAAAAAGCUGGAUAGGAUUGUGUGUGAUGCUAGCGUGAUACCUACUUUUGAGCUGACACUUGUGUUUAAGCAGGAAACCUGCUCAUGGACAAGCCUGAGGGACCUCUUUAGCAGAGGACGAUUCUCAUCUGGCCUUAGGCGGACUCUCAUCCUCAGUUCAGGGUUCCGACUUGUUAAGAAAAAGCUUUACUCUCUGAUUGGAACCACAGUCAUUGAAGAGUGCUAAGGGGAAAAAACAGCUAUUGUUCUUUUGUGAGUGGACAAUAAAGCUCUGAAGCUACUCAG